UAUCAUUUGAAGUGAAGUUGGUUCGGCUCAAGGACACCGGACAUGGCGGCCGUCGAAGGGAAUACGAGGGGAUUCAUAUGGAAUUUCUGCUUUGGAUUAUUCUUCGGAUGUUGUAUAACUUACGCCACAGUGAAAUUUUCAAGACUGAACGAGCUUAGAUCUUCGCAUGUGCAAAAAUUUGAUUCAGUCUCAAACAACGGGGAAGCGCUGCGGCAGCCCGAUGGACAUGUUAUUGUGGACGACACGAACCGAGUGUUAGAAAGCGAACUGAAACAUUUUCAAGAUUCUCACCAUCAUAAUUUUGUGGGUCAGGACGCCCUUGCACAAGUUCUUUACGACAAGGUACGUGUUUUGUGCUGGAUAAUGACUGGACCUCAAAACAUUGAUUCAAAGGCCGUUCAUAUCUUUGCCACGUGGGGGAAGCGUUGCAACAAGGUCAUAUUCAUCUCUUCUGAACCAUCGGACAAGGUCCCCAUCGUGAAGGUGGCAACUAAAGAAGGGCGCGACUUCCUCUGGCAGAAGACCCGAGGAGCCUUCCAGCACAUCUACGACAACUUCCUGGACGACUAUGACUGGUUCCUGAAAGCAGAUGAUGACACGUUUGUCAUCGUGGAAAACCUACGCUACUUCCUGUCAUCGUACACCCCCGAUACGUCGAUUUACUUUGGCCACAAGUUCAAGCGCUUCGUCAUGCAGGGUUACAUGAGCGGAGGGGGCGGUUACGUGACCAGCAGAAUCGGUGUUAAGAACCUGGUGGAGAUUGCCUUUAAGGAUCCUUCCACAUGUUGGGGCAUGGACAAGAAGGGUGGUGCGGAAGAUGUAGAGAUUGGCAAGUGCUUUGAAAAUGCUGGUGUUGUUGCAGGGGAUUCGAGAGAUUCAUUGGAAAGAAAUCGUUUUCAUCCGUUCCAACCUGAAGCCCAUCUUGAUCCUAAAGGCCUCCCGGAUUCUUUUUGGUACUGGGAUUAUAUCUAUUAUCCACGUAAUGAGGCAAUCCCAGCAAUCCUGGAAAUCAAGGAAAAUCUGGAAAAUGAGUUCCCUUUUUACAGUCAGCUAUAA